CUGCAAAUUGACCUCAUUGGAAGAGCCAUCAUCGCCGCUCCGAUUGACCCUCUGGAGGGGCGAAAAAGAUUCUGCGGUCGACUGCGUGUUUCUGAUCUAAUGACAGCUAAACUCGCAAUCCCACAAAAGCUGCGACCAGAGGCUGGCUCAGAUAGUUGUCCAAGCGUACGUGUUCUCGCUCCGAAUGACAAGUUUCGAUGCUGUUGUUGCCAAGCCAGCGGAAUCAAGCCUUGCCUAGGCAACAGUAAAUUGAGUGGUAUAGGAGAAAGCUGGUCUAUCUGUGGCGGUCAGUCUGUCAAACAGAGAAGCCGGUUCUCAGAAGCAAUACCGCUGGUGGUCGUCAAUGACGAGUUGUAUUGCUCUUCUUCGCGUCGAUUGCUCGGAAAAAGAGAUUACCUCGGAAACAACGUCACCAUGAAUUUUCCAGUAAAGCCAAUCGACAGCUGGUCAAGAGGAAUCCGACGUCGUCUUUUGGUGGAACCGACUUUCGAAUAUCUGUACUACUUAUUUGUUACUCAGAUCGACCUUUGCAGCGUACUUCCAUCAUAA